UAGUAGAUUGCCGUGAGUGGACGAUGGUAGGGAAUGUAACGUGAUCGCGUGGUCGCGUCGCGUCGCGUUGGAGUGCCUUUCUCCGCGCUUAACAACCACCUCGCAUACCCGAAAUCGCAAAGGUGCCCAAUGGCUCCGAAAAGCAGCCCGCCGCUCUCCAGCGCGUCUCAGAAGAAGAAGCAACCCACCAUAUCGAGCUUCUUCACACCUAAGCCGUCGCAAACACCCAAACCAGUCACGAAGCCCGUCGCGCUCACCGUCCCAAAAGACACGCAUCAAGGCCCCGACGAUGAUGACAAUGGUGAUGAUGGCGACGCUAUCGCCACAUCGCGACUGACCCCAAUUCGCAAGCGUGUGAUUGACGAAGACGAGGAAGAUGACGACAUAGGCCGCCCGUCACCAUCGAAGCGCGUACGGGUCGAGGAAGGCGAGGCGCCACGGCCGUCACUGGUACAGGCUCCUGCUGCGACGCUCAAUGCUGCCAGGCCUUUCAAACUUAUCGACAGGACAUCAAAGUUCCUCUUCUCUUCGUCACCUCCUGUGCGCGAUGAGAACGUAGUGGAAGACGACGACGCACUGGCUACACAAAAGCAGAGGGACAAGCUGCACGAACGCUUCGUCAAGAAAUUGGGUCGGCCAGAUAGCUUCGCCGAGCUCCGGAGAAAGAACAAGAUCAUCGCCGGCGAGGGCGACGAUGCUGCAGAAGGCGACGAGGACGAGGAAGAGGAAGAAGCCCCGAAGCCUGCCAAGGGAAAGAAGGGUGUUGCGGCCAAGAAGGGAGGCUCCAAGCUGACACCCAUGGAAAAGCAGUACCUAGACAUCAAGCGCAAACACCUCGAUACCGUUAUAGUCAUGGAGGUUGGCUACAAAUUCAAGUUCUUUGGCGAGGACGCACGCAUUGCUUCUAAAGAGCUUGGGAUUGUGUGCAUACCGGGCAAGUUCAGGUACGAUGAGCAUGUAUCGGAAGCCCAUCUCGACAAAUUUGCGUCUGCGAGCUUCCCUGUGCACCGACUACAAGUUCACGUCAAACGACUCGUCCAAGCAAACCACAAGGUUGGUGUGGUACGCCAGGUCGAGACAGCGGCACUAAAAGCAGCCGGAGACAACAGGAAUACACCCUUUGUGCGGAAACUCACAAACCUAUACACCAAAGGUACCUACAUCGAUCAUGCUGAGGGGUUGGAGACACCGAGUGGUCCGGGCGCCCAAUCCACAGGCUAUCUACUAUGCAUCUCCGAAACGAAUGCAAAGGGUUGGGGCACAGACGAGAAGGUACAGGUUGGUCUUGUCGCAGUGCAGCCUGCGACCGGAGACAUCAUCUACGACGAUUUCGAAGACGGCUUUAUGCGGAGCGAAAUCGAAACGCGUCUGCUUCAUAUCGCUCCGGCUGAGUUCUUGAUUGUCGGGGAUCUCUCCAAAGCCACGGAAAAGCUGAUACAACAUCUGUCAGCCAGCAAAACCAACGUUUUCGGCGACAAGUCACGGGUGGAACGAGUAGAGAAGCCCAAGACGAUGGCUGCAGAGGCUUAUAGCCAUAUAUCAAACUUCUAUGCUGGCAAAAUGAAGUCCAAUCAAGAAGGCGACUCCGAAAACCAAGGGGCUAUCCUAGACAAGGUCCACCAGCUUUCAGAGCAUGUCACGAUUUGCUUGUCGGCGAUGAUCACAUACCUCAGCGAAUAUGGACUAGAACACGUCUUCGAUCUUACAAAGUACUUCCAACCAUUCAGUGCUAGGUCGUAUAUGCUACUCAACGGCAACACACUAUCCAGUCUUGAGAUAUACCAAAAUCAGACAGACUACACAUCGAAAGGUAGCUUGUUCUGGACCAUGGAUAGAACCAAGACACGCUUUGGGCAGCGAUUGCUAAGGAAAUGGAUCGGACGGCCCCUUAUCGACAAAGAGAGACUGGAAGAACGCAUUGCUGCAGUGGAGGAGCUGAAAGAAGGCGAGAACACCAUUCCAGUAGACAAGCUCAAGUUCAUGCUCGGAAAGAUCAAGACCGAUCUAGAGAAAGUUCUGAUUCGGAUAUACUACAAGAAAUGUUCGCGGCCGGAGCUCCUGGCUGCUCUUCAAACACUUCAUGACAUCUCAAGCCAGUACUUGACAGCAAAGACUCCCGAGAAGAGCGGUUUCACCUCGAUACUGCUUAGUGAAGCCAUCUCGAACGUGCCAAAAGUCUACGAGAGUCUCAGUGGCUUCCUGGAGAAAAUCAACGCCAAAGCCGCAAAAGACGACGACAAGUACGCUUUCUUCCGUGAAGAUCAUGAAGCAGAAGACAUUACCGACCUACAACUCCGCAUCGCAUCCGUAGAAGACGACCUCAAUUCCCACAAGAAAGACGCCGGUGCAAAACUCGGAAAGGCAAAGGUAGAUUAUGUGACCGUAGCCGGUAUCGAGUACCUCAUUGAGGUCAAGCGUAAGUCGCCUGAGGAGAAGAAGGUACCAGCCUCCUGGCAGCAGGUAUCGGCUACAAAAGCCACCCUCCGCUUCCACACGCCAGAAGUAAAACGUAUGCUGCAAGAGCGCGACCAGCACAAGGAGAGUCUAGCAGCAGCUUGUGACGCAGCAUUCAUGCGUCUACUCGAUGACAUAGCGGCCAAGUACCAAGAACUCCGCGACUGCGUGCAUUCACUUGCCACACUCGAUGCUCUCCACUCACUCGCCACGCUAGCAAACCAACCCGGCUAUGUAAAACCCACUUUCACAGACGACAUUGGGAUAAACAUCACGGGCGGGCGCCACCCUAUGGUCGAGCAGCUCCUCCUUGACAGCUACGUGCCGAAUGACAUCAAUCUCUCGCACGAAUCGACCCGCGCCUUGCUCAUCACAGGACCAAAUAUGGGCGGUAAAUCUUCCUACGUACGCUCUGUCGCACUCAUCGCCAUCAUGGGACAAAUCGGCUCCUACGUCCCCGCCACAGAAGCCCGAUUAGGCAUGCUCGACGCCGUAUUUACACGCAUGGGCGCGUUCGACAACAUGCUUAAGGGCGAGAGCACCUUCAUGGUCGAACUCUCCGAAACGAGUGAUAUUUUGAAAUCCGCGACACCGCGCUCGCUUAUCAUUCUCGAUGAACUGGGCCGCGGAACGAGUACAUUCGAUGGUGUGGCGAUUGCUGAGGCAGUGCUCGAUUAUGUGAUCCGUGAUCUGCAGAGCUUGACAUUGUUCAUCACGCACUAUCAGCAUCUUUCCAAGCUUCAGGGUCGUUUCCCAAACAACGAGCUGAGAAACGUGCACAUGUCGUUUGAGAAAACAGAUGGUGGGAAAGAAGUAGUGUUUCUGUAUGAGGUGGCUGAGGGCACAAGUCUGAGGUCUUAUGGGCUGAAUGUUGCGAGGUUGGCGAGUGUGCCUGAGAAGGUUAUUGGCGUGGCGGGUGUGAAGAGUGCUGAGUUGGAAGCUAGUAUGGGCGCUUGUCGCGUGGGCAAUCUGUCUCGAAUCAUGAAGGGUCUACUGACAGAUGGUGGGGAGGAGAGUCUUGACAAGCUUAUUGAGGGCAUCGAUCAACUAUGAGAAGGUGGGUGUGUGGGCUCAAAGCAUGUGGAGGAUAUGUACUGCGGCCUAGCAGCUGUCAGGCGCGUGUUUUCGCGACUUGUAUCAUAUGGUAGUUGUUGGCUUUCUUGAUGGGUCAUGGAAGUUUUAGGGACAGGGUCCGUUCCAACGCACUGCGAAAUUGGGCGACCGAAUAGUAGAUACUCUCA